GUGGAGAAGUUGCACCAGGGAGAGCAGAAACGCGAGGAAGCUUCCAGACAAGCGGGAGACUAACAACCUCACCUGCCCGUGCAAAAUGAGGGUAGCUCGUUCUCUUUCGACGGUUAUCUAACAUUAUCUCAAGAUGUACGCCGAGUGGCAAAAGGGUGAAUUGGUGUGGUUCGACCCUGGCGUCGGCCACGUGUUACCAGGAGAGGUUCUCGAGUAUCACAGGGCAGCGAACGUUCUCUCGGUGCAAGCAGUGAUCGCUGGCAAGCCACAAAUCUUCACCCUGACGAACCUAAGCGGGGUGAAACCAAGACAGGAUCUUGGCCAAAAUGGAGUGGAAGAUAUGAUUCAGUUAACCGACCUCAACGAAGCUUCGUUACUAUGGAACCUGAAGAUUCGAUACGACAAGGAAUUAAUAUACACUUACACGGGGAGCAUCCUAGUGGCGGUGAAUCCUUACAAAAUGUUCGACAUUUACGGCUUGGACCAAGUAAAACUCUACGAAGGACGAAUACUAGGCACACUACCUCCUCAUCUGUUUGCCGUGGGUUCGUCGGCGUACAGUCAAGUAACUGCGGCAAAUAAUGCCAGCGCGAAUCAAGUGGUUGUUAUUUCCGGCGAAUCCGGUUCAGGAAAAACGGAAUCUACGAAACUCGUAAUGCAAUACCUGGCCGCUGUUAAUCGAGCACCCAACAAUCUCGUCACGGAACAGAUUCUCGAGGCGACUCCAUUAUUAGAGAGCUUCGGGAACGCGAAGACGCCGAGAAACGAUAACAGCAGCAGAUUCGGCAAAUAUUUGGAGGUUUAUUUCAGGGACGGAGUGAUCGUAGGAGGAAGAAUAACCCAGUAUCUCCUCGAGAAAAGUAGAAUAGUCACGCAAGCCUCGGAAGAAAGGAACUACCAUGUGUUCUACGAACUAUUGGCGGGUCUCGAUCAGCAGCUCAGGGACAAGUACGGAUUGCUGACCCCAGACAAAUACUUUUACCUGAACCAGGGUGGAAACUGCGAGAUCGAUGGAAAGAGCGACACCCAAGACUUCAAAGCCCUGCUAUCAGCGAUGCAAGUGUUGGGAUUCACUUCCGAGGAGCAAGACACGAUUUUUAAAAUACUAGCUAGCGUGUUGCACCUUGGAAACGUGUAUUUUCACCGGAAACAGAUGAGGCACGGUCAAGAAGGCGUGGAGGUUGGUUCUGAUGCGGAGAUACGUUGGGCAGCUCAUCUUCUGCAGGUCAACUCCGACGGAAUUAUCAGAGCACUCACGACCAAAACGACAGAAGCGAGAAACGAGAGAGUCUUCACGGCGUUGAAUAUCGAUCAGGCUCUGGAUGCCAGAGAUGCCUUCGCCAAGGCUCUGUACAGUUCCCUGUUCUCCUGGUUGGUCGCCCGUGUUAAUCACAUCGUCUACAAAGGAACGAAGCAGACUGCCGCGAUCUCGAUACUCGACAUAUUCGGCUUCGAGAAUUUCACGGAGAACAGCAUCGAGCAAUUGUGCAUCAAUUACGCGAACGAGAACCUCCAGUUCUACUUCAACAAGCACAUUUUCAAGCUCGAGCAACAGGAGUACGCUAAGGAAAAAAUCGAUUGGACGACCAUCAAUUAUACCGACAACCUGCCGGUGAUACAUCUGAUCGCAAAGAAACCAGUUGGAAUUCUUCAUCUGUUGGACGACGAGAGCAAUUUUCCCAAAGCGACAGAUCUGUCGUUCCUAGAAAAAUGCCAUUACAAUCACGCCUUGAGCGAAUUGUACUCGAGACCGAGAAUGAAUUCCGCCGAGUUCGCUAUUAAACACUACGCAGGCCAAGUUUGGUACAACGUCGAAGGAUUCUUGGAUAAAAAUAGAGACACACUGAGACCGGACGUUGUGGAAUUAUUGAUAAGUAGCAAAAUAUCUAUGGUCAGCAAGAUGUUCCAGCAUGUAAGGACAACCCACGAAGCGAAUAAAACAAUGAACAAACCGAACGGCAGAUUCGUCACCAUGAAACCAAGGACACCAACCGUGUCUGCUCGAUUUCACGACAGUCUACAACAACUUCUCGACUCUAUGUCUCAGUGUAAUCCGUGGUUCGUGAGAUGCAUCAAACCGAACACAGAGAAGGCGCCGAUGAAAUUCGACAUGCCCUGUGUUCUCGAGCAACUUCGUUACACCGGGAUGCUCGAGACGAUUCGCAUACGAAAAACUGGUUAUCCGGUACGACUUCUUUUUGGACACUUCGUCGAUCGAUACAGAUACCUCGUUUCCACGCAUCUGCCAAGAGGAGCGCCGAAUAAAGAGCUUUGUCGCAUAAUCUUGGACAAAGCUGCACCGAAGGAAGCGCAAUCUCAGUAUCAGUUGGGUCUGACCAGGGUAUUCUUGAGAGAAUCCUUGGAAAGAACUUUGGAAUACAACAGAGCAUUGAUUUUGGAGCGAGCUGCCAUAACUGUUCAAAGAUAUACCAGAGGGUUCCUCGCGAGGAGAAGGUUCCUCAACAUCUCACGAAGCACAGUUCUAAUUCAAGCCGUUUACCGAGGUUAUCGCGAGAGGAAGAAGUUCAAGGCGUUGAAGAAAGGUGUGCUUAUGGCACAGAAAAUAUACAGGGGGAAGAAACAGCGUGAGAAAUUUAAGGUAUUGAAAGAGGAGAUGGCUAAGAGAGCGGAAAUUGAGCGUGCCAGUAAGGAACGAGCAAAAGCGAAGCAACAAAGACGGUAAUUGAUCACGCACAUUUUAUUUUAAUUACUUUACUCUCUGCUGUAGAAAAAAUUAUCGAUUAAUUUUUGAAAUGUGCUAUUUAUUUUUGCAGAUUGGCAGCCUACGCACACAGAAAGAAAUCUACUGAAAGUAGUGGGUCAAGUGAUACCCAUGCACCACAGUUACACUCUACCAAACGACAUAGAUCAACACCAGUUCUCCAAAUUCACCAACAUUUACUUCAAAAGCCACAUCUUCGGGAUGAAACGAGAACCCAUAAAGACACCAUUCCUGGCUAAAGCUCGCGACCAAGAUUACACAGACUCCUUGAUGAUCUUCAAGAUGAUCCUUCGUUUCAUGAACGAGAACAAUUUAAGUGGCAAACGAGAACAAGCAUUAGGCGACUAUAUCGUGAACAAAGGAAUUGUCAAUGAAAAACUGAGAGACGAGAUUCUAUGUCAAUUGGCCAAUCAAACGUGGAAGAAUGAAAACGACGCGAACAAAGAACGAGGCUGGUUAUUGUUGUCAAAUUGUCUGUCAGCUUUUCAACCCAGUCCUACUCUAUUCAAGUAUUUCCUGAAAUACGUGUCUGACCACGCGUACGACGGCUACAAGGCUUAUUGUCAAAGGAAGCUACUGCAAGGAGAGAGAACAAUGUUCAGAAUACUGAGUAACAAUCAACAGGUCGUUCAUCAUAUACCCAGAAAUUAUCCUCCUUGUGUACUGGAAUGGAGAGCAAACAGAAAUCGCGUCAAUAUGGCUCUAAGCGUCGGAUUUUACGAUGGUGAGACGAUCACCUGUGCAGUGGAUUCUUGGACAACCUGUGAAGAGCUAGCCAAUCUCGCUGUCCACAAUCACGGCGUGGACAAUUCUGGAUGGACAAUUACCUUGUGGAAUCAAUUAGACGGCCCUGAUGCCAUUGUAACGGAAACGAAUGGUUUCGACUAUGUCUUAGACCUAAUUUCAGAAAUGGAACUGGCUCCGGCGUUCCCCGCUGCCAAACACAUGUUCCUGGAGCAGCGAAAGAACAGUUUCCCUCCUAUCAAAAAGAGAGAACACGCGCAGAUAAUUCGAGAGCUAGAGCAGGAAAUAGAACCACCGGUUCUGAAAACCUUCCAACCUCUGGAACGGAAACCAGUACCUAAGAUUGUGGACAAACCUGUCGAACCAGAAAUUCAAUCGCCAAGGCGACCUGCUGUUCCUCCACCACAGCCACCUGUGACGAAGCCAUCGGUGAGGAAGCAAUCUCACGAAGCAAUGUUGGAAAGCACAACAGACACUGGUCUGUCGCGAAAAUCUGCCCUGAACGACAGAUACUUCGAGAAAGAGAAGCAACGUAGCCGUAGUUUGGACAAUUUGCUUCAACCCGAAGUGGUACCACCUCCGGUGAAAUUAGCGAAUCUAGGAUUAUCGUCGUCGAAAUUGAACGAACGCUAUCACAGUCUCGAACGAAUUGGCGAGACGUCAGCUGUCAGUAACGUGGAAUACAUGACGAGAAGUGAAAUCACGCAGGAGAGGAAGUACAGCAGGAUAACUAGGACAACGGAGCCGAACAUCGAAGAGGAAGACCUAACGAUAGACUUCGAGUAUCCUGAUAUUCAAUCGGUCAGUCAAACUGGAAGGUCUGAAGAUGACAAGAGCAGUUACAUCCGAUCACAGACGAGAUUCAUCAAAUCUCAAUACCCUGGCAAACGAGCACUGCCAGGCAGUCAAUCAAGUCGUGCCUACAUCGAGAAGAGCGAGUACGGCGUGAAAUCCUCGGCCAUGUCUGACACGAGCGAAGCUCCUUCCCUGGCGUCGCAUGUGAGACGAGUUAGGGUACCUAGUCAAGCUUCAGAUGUGGAUCAGUUCCUGGACGAGCUGUUUAUGCCAGUUCUGGAUGGUAAUUUAGACGAGCUAUCCGAUGCUAGAAGCUUGGCAGCUAGCAUUAAGGGUACGAAGGGCGAGAGAUCACAAAGUGGUAUCAUAAUCCUCGAAGAUUUAGCAAAGAACAGUGAUCUCGAAACUAUGGAAGAUUUCAUCGAAACGAUGACCAAGAAUACCAGCAACGAAAGGAUCACAGCGAAAGAGUUAUCCGAGAAGAUCAAAGGAGGAGGCAACAUGGACAUACCGAAUCAGAACGCGACUUUUAAUUUCGGUGCUAUUACACCAGGAAUGAUGUCACCGCCUAUGAUGAUGCCGAUGUUCAGCGCAGCUCAACAAGUGCCUCCAGCUCAGAGUACCAACAUGAACAUGGGUCCUGGAUUCAUGCCAAUACCUAUCUACAAUAUGCAAGGCUUGAAUCUUCCUCAGUACCCAAAUUCACCGCCUAAUCCCAACAACGACAUGAUGGCCUAUCAGCAGAACCUGCAACGAGCUUUCCUGCAAAGCGCCAUGGCUCAAAAUAUACAGAUUCAACAGCAGCUGUUGGCACAGAAUCAAGCUCUUCAGCAGCUGCUUGUGCAGAGCCCUCAAAACUCGUCGCAGCAACCGGGCACGGUGGUGUCCGCAGGCCCCUCCAGUAUGAAUCUUGUCCCCCCAGCCCCUCAAAAUGGUGCCCAAAUGGGGCCCAAUGACUCUAUUGGACGCUACUCCAAGGUAUCAUUCAGAGAACCAGAGGAUGAUGAACUCUGGUCGACAGAGAAACAAGCUGCACCAGCUCAAACAGCGAACAGUCAACGUCAAGAAAUGACGGUGAAAGCUCAAAUUCAUCGAUCUCAAAGUCCGCCGAGGAAAAACUCGGAAAUAGUUCGUAAAACUAGCGUGGAGUAUGCAGUGAGGAAAGUUAGUGUCGAGAGAAAAACGGGUGAUAAAAAAUCAACCGGUCUAGCGGAUUCUAAGAGACCUAAUUCCAAUAAGAACAAUGUACAAAGUAACUUUACAAACGUGUUGAGUGAACUGAAAAAUCGUAAGAGCAGCCUGGACAGUAAUUUGUCCAACUCGAGUAACAACAAGGGUGUGCCACCCCCACCACCUAUGCCACCACCAUUGGAGUCCCAUGAUCCAUCGGAAUCCAGGCCUUUCCUUGAUCCAUAUGGCCGAGCAAAGACAGUUCGAAUUGGCAAAUGGAGAUGGCCUCCACCGAGUGACUCGAACGAAAAUCAGAGUCAGGAUAGUUUCAUAGAGUUCAAGAUGCGCCAGCAGCAACAGCAACGCAAGAUCACACCUCAGUAUCAGGAAUACAAUCAGGGUGACGGCGAGCCUAGCACAGAGGGUGGUGUGGAGUGGGAGGAAUUUGAAAUUGAGAAUAUCGUUGGAAGCGAAGAGAAGACCUCUGUAUCUCAUGCACCACCGCCGAUAACUAAACACGAGAACGGAUACAAAGAAGAAGGAGAGAAGAAAAAGAAAAAAUCAAAGUCUGGAUUAGAAGUAGGUGCUCAGAGGCCAUCACCAGGAAGUAUAGGAAAAUUGAAGCUCAGCUCCGAGAUGAGACAGAGAUUAGAAAAGGUGACAGCGAAUCACAGUGUGAGAUCCACGAAAACAACCGAGAAGCCUGCUCUUCCACGCGAAGACGGUAAAGUGAAGCGUUUAGAGGACAAUAGAAAACUUCUGCUCGAACAGCAAUUAGGAGGUCGAUGGGAUGAUUAUGCAUCCACGGCCGAUGACACACAAAGCGUGACUUCGAAAGGCACGACAGACAUGAUGACUCAAGCACAAGUUGUCAGAACGCAAAUUGAAAGGAUGGAGAGGCCUGUGCCACCUCCGCUUCCGGUCACACCUCCGCAACCCCCUAGUCCUAGAGGUGGAAGCAUAUACAGCAAUAGUCAAUCAGGAGUGCCGCAGCCCAGAUCGCCUCCAGCCCCGGUGGAACCAAAAACCAGAGACUCCUUCCGAACAUCCCCCGAUUCAGAAGCAUUCGAACACUUUUCCAAGAACCAGCGCGACAUGUUCAGCCAAAGUCGAGACAUCUUCGCGUCCCAGCAGCACCUCCGAGAGAACCACGAGUACAGAAACGACUUCGACAAGCCUCGCUCGCAGGAGCAAAAAUCCAAAGACUUCUACGGUAAGGACAGCACGGAUAUAGGCAGUUCUGCCAGAGACAGAAGUUCGGACUUCGAUUCUCGCCGCGACUUGAAUUCCGACAUCUUCGAUCCGAAAUACGCCAGAGACAUAUUCGAGAACUCCAGCUCGAAACGAGAUCCUUUCGGUAUGACCAGAGACGUGUCUCCGAAGUCUAGAGACAGUUUCGGCAUGCCGUCGUCGCGAGACUUCGGCGUGAUGCCGAACACGAGAGAAUCGUUCGCGGUAGCUCGACAGAGUUUCAAGAAAUUGGAUCGUGACGUUGACAGAAGAUCGAGCGUUGCGUCUACUCAUCGUACCGAUAAAAUGGAGAGGAUUGAAAUCGAAGAAUGGCCUGAAUUUCUCAGGCCGGUAAUGCCACCGGCAGAGAAGCCAGAGAUAGAGAAGGUCCAAGAGGUUGUGAACACCAAGCUCUAUCCUCAGACAUCCACCGCUCACUUCACGUACAACAGAGUCACCUGGACGUUGAGGGUGAAGAAGGAAGUGUUUGCACCCAACGAAACACUCAACAGUCCUUUGGCGCUUCAUCUGGUGUUCUGUCAAGUAGCCUACGAUGUUCUCGCCACGUCCAGCAUCAGAAUUACGAAGGAAGACAGGCAGAACAUGCUGAAGAUGUUGGACAAUUACGGUGUCACUUUGGACAAUUUGCAGAGUACUCAACACAAAAUCACCAUCAAGAAGAACGUCGUAGACAUGGCGAAACAAUGGCCCCUGUACUUCGCCAGGAUAUUUCCAGUAUCGAUCGGUCCGCAACACCCAGAAACCCAACACGUGGCUGUAUCUCAUCACGGCCUCCGACUCAUCAAACGCACUCCAAGCGGCGAUUUAGUCAUCCUGGAGACUUUACCUCUGGAGGAAAUCGUCUCCGUGAGUUCACCGAGGGUUGGUGUGUGCGUGAUGCAAAUUGCAUCGGGAGUCAGGCUACCCUUGCACACGAGUCGAGCUCCGCAAUUGACAGACAUGAUUAGCACAUACAUCAGACUGGUCGACCAGAAGCCUCUGCACAAGCCGAACCAUCACGAAAACCACGUCUCUCAGAUCACGAAAUCGAUCCAAUCACAGGCGAACCACAGCACGUCGAAUCACGUACAAUCCCACGGUCAGCCUAAUCACCUUAUCUCGAAUCACGAGAACCACGUGUCGGCGAGUCGUGUGCCGAACCACGUGUCAGCGACGAACCAGACGAAUCAUCAGAAAAACCAGCAGAACCAGCGACUUAGCCCGAACCAGGAAUGGCGGCAACCGGAAGACAACGGCAGAUUGCAAGAAGAUGGCAUUUACGAGAGCGGGCCGGUCGUCAACGACGGCAAACACUCUCUGCUGCAGUAUGCCAUGCUAAACUUCAGACAAAGCACGGAGAAGUUCGAGAUGCUGAAAACAGCAGAUGGAUCCAUAAGUGGAUCACUUAAGGUGAUCGAGUCUUUGAAGAGUAAGAAGAAGAAUAAGAAGAGCAAGGGUCAACAGGAUGGUGCAGAAUGGACUUGGAAAGAGCAGGUGGAUCUUGUAAAGUACUCUGCUGUACCAAUAGAACAGAGUCUUUUGAGACUUGAUGGAGAUCUAAGUGCGUUGGCAGUGGAAUGUUUCUUAUGCCUAAUGAGAUACAUGGGUGAUCAACCUUUACCACCGGAUACCAGUGAAGUUAAAUGCGUUUAUACCAUUCUAAUGCAUUGUCACAAGUACGAACUACUUCGCGAUGAAGUUUACUGUCAACUAAUGAAACAAACCACAAACAAUAAGAGUCCAAAUCCUGAUAGCUGUCAACGUGGCUGGAGGAUCUUCAGCAUUGUUGCUGCCUACUUCACUUGCAGCGACGGUCUGAGGCCUUAUCUAACCAAAUAUCUGGAAACUGCAGCCUACGAUAAAAGGAGAGCUUACCAUGGCACAGCCACAGUGUGUCUACAGAAUCUCAGGAAAACAGUGAAAUAUGGAGGAAGGAAAAAUGUGCCAAGUGUGGAUGAGAUUAUGGCAAUUAGUGCUGGUAGAAAUGCAAAGAGGCAGAUUUAUAGACUACCAGGUGGGACAGAAAGGGUGAUUAAUACCAAAUGUACAACUGUGGUACAGGAUGUCAUUGAGGAGAUGUGCAAUAUAAUAUCUGUAAGAAAUCCUCACGAAAUGGACGAAUUUUCAUUAUAUUGUAUUGUUGAUGGUGAUGCAUUUACAAUGCCUUUGGCUAGAGAUGAAUAUGUAUUAGAUGUAACUACAGAACUUCAUAAGAAUCAUCAGGUCUUUUAUCUAAUAUUCUGCAGAUCUGUGUGGUACUACCCUCUCAGACUGGAUGCACCAUUGUAUAUAGAAGUUGUCUUCAACCAGAUUGCUCCAGACUACUUGGAGGGGCUUUUAUUAGUUUUGCCUGGUGAACAUUUACCUCAAGAAGUUGUAUAUGAUAUGGCACAAAUAGCAGCUCUUUUACAUAGGGCAGCAGAUAUGAAUCAUGAACCAACUACAAAGGAAAUUAAAUAUUUAUUACCAAAACCAGUGCUUAGUUUAAGAGAACCACGACCACAGCAGUGGUCAAAUAUGGUCCAACAAGCAUGGAAUAAUGUACAGCAUAAUGCAGUAGCUGCUUGUAAAGCACAGGUGCUUGAAAUUUUAUGGAAGUGGCCAUUAUUUGGAUCUAUUCUAGCAUUGAAUAGACACGGAGUGCACUUUAUUGAUUUAAUCACACAUGAAACCUUGUAUCACUAUCCUUAUUCUGAGGUAAUCUCCACUAGGAAAGUAAAAUCUGAAGAAGGAACUCUGUACUUAGACAUGAAGUGUGGCAAUUUAAUGCAACAACGCAUCACAAGACUUCAGACUGAACAAGCUCACGAAAUUUCGCGAUUAAUUAGACAAUAUAUCACCAUGGAACAAAGAGCCACCAAUGCCCAAGCAGCUGGCAUUGGAUUUGGCAUGAGAUAAGAUUCUCAAAUUAAAUUCUGCAUAUAAAUGCGAUUAUAUGGGCCAAAA